AUGGGGAUCGUAAUACACAAAUCAGACUCUAGCCCAUCAUCCAGAGCUGUUUUAAUGAUAGCAGAAAUCCUUAACCUAAGAUAUGAGACCAGAGAUGUAAACGUCCUAAUCGGAGAUCACAUGAAGCCUGAAUAUCUAAAGAAAAAUCCUGAACAUACAGUUCCUUUACUAGAAGAUGGAGAUUUUGUAUUAGCAGACAGUCACGCCAUAAUAACAUACCUCGUUUCAAAGUAUGGAGCUGAUAAACGUGCAGAACUAUACCCUAGUGAUCUGGCAUUAAGAGGUACAAUUGAUCAUCGGUUGUUCUUCGAUGCGACUGUACUUCUACCAAUUAGUGAAAGAAUCUUAUUGGGUAAAACUAAUAAUUUAAAUGAGGAAGAAAUUGAAGAAGUUCAAGAUGCUUACGGAAUACUAGAUAAGUAUUUGCAGGAGACCAGGUUUGUGGCGUGCGAUUAUUUAACUUUAGCUGAUAUCUCAUGUAUAGCUAGUGUUUCUACCAUGGAUGUUUUAGUGCCUGUGGACGAAAAUUUCGAGAGAGUCUUUACUUGGAUUACCAGGCUGAAAGAUGAGGAUUGGUAUCAAAUGGCCAAUAUUCCUGGGCUGAACCAAAUUGCUGAGUUCUUGAAGAAUACCAUGGAUGAUAGCGCCUGA